GCUUCAUUGCCAGAGACUAGCUAGUGAUAAUGACUUUCUAUGAUAAAUUUCUGUUCCCACCUCCACAAUCUAUUUUCAUGACAUUUAUGUCUAUUUUUAGCUUAGUUAUAUCGACAAAUGGUGGUUUAUCAGAGAUGAAAGGGGCCAACGUGCAGUACUCCAAAUUCAGGGAUGCAACAUGUUCUCGUCAGAUAAAAGAGAGUAAGUUCUCGACCAGAAUCUGUAUGCUUACCAUGUAUACACCUUCAUUGGUUGCAAGUAUUGUUUCUUUCUUCUGGCUUCUCCCCAGCCAUGACACCAGGUUCAUCUUGGUCAACUCCGCUCUUACUCUCCAUUUCCUUAAGAGGAUUUUCGAGGUAUUUUGUACACAGAUGCAGUGGAAAAAUGACGCUUAACAUUACAAUCAUGAUAUCCCUAAGCUAUUGCAUCUCCACAAUGGCCAUAAUCUACAACCAACAUCUACUUGGAAGUGUCCCAAACCCACAAAUCGAUUUGAAGUACAUCGGAGUCGUCCUUUUUUUAAUGGGUAUCGUUGGAAAUUUUUACCACCAUUGCAUACUCUCAAAGCUGAGGGAAAAUAGUGAUACAGGGUAUAAAAUCCCAAAGGGUGGUCUUUUCGGGCUUGUAAUUUGCCCCCACUAUCUGUUUGAAAUUCUAACAUUCGUUGGAAUUUCAGUGAUUUCUCAAUCAUUGUAUCCAAUCUUGUACACUGUUGGUACAGGUUUUUACCUGACAGGGAGGAGUUAUGCAACUAGAAAAUGGUACACUUCCAAGUUCCCCAGCUUCCCCAAAAGUGUCUAGUGUCUCAUGCCUUUUGUUUUCUAAAUAAGAGUGCAUGUGGUGUUUACCGUUAA